AUGAAGCAUCCGGGCAAGAUUCUUGGCCAAUUGGCCUCCAACGGCCUCCGUCCAAGCGUGGGCCGCCGCCGCUGGCGGCAGCCUGCCUUUUCGCCGCUGAGACUCUCCAACAGCCUGUUCACGGCGGCCAAGCAGCGGCGCCGCGCGUCCGCCACCACCGCCAUUGUCGCAGGAGGCUUCCUCGUCUGGCUGCUCUACCCCUCGGAAGACUUUGACCGUCUGUCGGGCAAGCGUGGGAAGGCGACCCUGGUUCAUCCGUCGGCCGCCAGCAAGGCCGAUGAGGGAGCAUCAAGGGAGGACGAGGAGGAGGGGGAGGAGCAAGAGGGCGGCGGCGGCAAGAAGAAGGCAUCAACAACAGAUGAGACUGCCUGGGGCUCCUUUACAAAGGGCCUGGAAGAGCGCUCCGCUGCCGCGGACAAGGAGUGGUCGGCUUUUUCUGAAAAGCUGGUCGGCUUCAUCUUGCCCGAGUGGUCGAGACAGAUUCCGAGCUUCAUUCGCAAACUCCAGCACGAGCUCUCCGAUGCGCCGGGGUCUCUCGCCGAGGAGCUGUGGGCAGAAGCGCAUGACGCCUCUGUGCACCCGGAAAUUCAGUACACCGCAGAGGUCCGCGUCUCGGAUGAACUGUGCCCGGACGAAAAGGAGUUUCUGGCCCGCCGCAAGAAGAAGACGAGAGCUGCUCUGGCCAAGUAUCUGGACAUUGACGAAAAGGAAAUCCACCCAGACGAUAUUCCCACCAUUGCCAUGUGCGGCUCUGGCGGCGGUCUCCGUGCUCUCAUCGCUGGGACCGGCUCUCUCCUGGCCGCCGCAGAGGACGGCCUCUUUGACUGCGCCACUUAUACCGCUGGUGUCAGCGGAUCCUGCUGGCUGCAGCUUCUGUACCUGACUUCCUUCAACAAGGGUAGCAUUCCCUCGCUUCUGGAACAUCUCAAGGCGCGCACUUCUACUCACAUUGCCUACCCCCCGGUUGCCCUGCAAGCGUUCACCUCCCUCCCCACCUCGCGGCCUCUGCUGAGCGGCGUCGUCGAAAAGAUUCGCGGCGACAAGAACGCGGAUUUUGGCCUGGUUGACAUUUACGGCCUCUUGCUUGGCGCCAGAUUCCUGGUCCCCAAGGGCGAACUCGGUGUCAACGACCGGGACUUUAAAAUCUCCAACCAAAGAGGAAUUCUAAGAGACGGUGACCGCCCGCUCCCCAUCUAUACCGCUGUUCGUCACGAGAUUCCUGGCUUGGAACAAGGCAAGGACAAGACAACGUCGUCCGAGGACGUGUCCACCACCAAAAAGCAGCUCGAAAAGGCCGAGAAGGAAUCCUGGUUCCAGUGGUUCGAAAUCACCCCUUAUGAAGUCUUUUGCGAAGAGAUUGGCGCUGGCAUUCCCACUUGGGCUCUCGGGCGCCGCUUCAAGGACGGCAAGGACGUGCCUCUGGCGCAUGGCUCGCAUCUCCCCGAGAUUCGCGCGCCUCUGAUGAUGGGCAUCUUUGGCAGUGCCUUUUGCGCCACCCUGAGCCACUACUACAAAGAGAUCCAGCCCAUUGUCAAAAGCUUGACAGGAUUCGGCAAAAUCGAUCAGUUAAUCGCAGGACAGGACAGUACUCUCGCCACGGUGCAUCCCAUUGACCCUGCCAUCAUCCCCAACUACGCCUACCAAAUGCACGGCAAGCUCGCCAAGACGGCCACGCCCAGCAUGUACGAAAACGAGCACAUUCAGCUCAUGGACGCCGGCAUGUCCAACAAUCUGCCCAUCUACCCUCUGCUCCGACCGGGCCGCGGCGUCGACAUUCUCAUCUCGUUUGACGCGUCCGCCGACAUCAAGACGGACAACUGGCUCGCCGUUGCCGACGGCUACGCGCGCCAACGCGGCAUCAAGGGCUGGCCGGUCGGCGUCGGCUGGCCCCAGGACGAGAUCAAGGCCGUCCAUGAGAUGAAGGCGGCCGAAGCGCACUCGACCGCCCAAGCCGACGCCAAAAUCGAGCAGGCCAAGUCGGAUCAGAAGCAGCAGCAGCAGCAGCAGCAGCAGCAGCAGAGCCAAAAGGUCAGCGACCUCGGCUACUGCACCGUCUGGAUCGGCACCACCGAGGAGCGCACCACCACGGAGCAGGCGCCCGCCACGCAGCCCGUCUCCGAGACGGAGCACUGGCGCCUGUCGGACCCCAACGCCGGCCUCGCCGUCGUCUACGUGCCGUUCUUGCCCAACGACAAGGUGCCCGGCGUGUCGCCCGCCGAGAGCGACUUUAUGAGCACCUGGAACUUCAUCUACACCCCGGACAACAUUGACGACGUGGUGCGUCUGGCGCGCGCAAACUAUGACGAGGGCAAAGCCCAGGUUCGCAACACGGUCCGCGCCGUGUAUGAGCGCAAGAAGCAGUUGCGGAUGAAGAGGGAAGAAAAGGCCGAGGAGCAGAGGCUGCGCAAGCUGACGAAUGCGGUUUCUUUGAUUUAA